AAAGAAAGAAAUCAUUUCUUUUACGAACUUCGACUUUUGGAAGUUUUCUCUCUGCAACCCCGAGGCCUCCCUUCUAUCGUCUAUUUUGUCGAUGGCUGCCGCAAUGGUCGAAGACAGUGGUUUCGAAGAUGACCAACUAGCUUCCAUGUCGUUGGACGACAUCGUUAGGGCAUCUCGUCUUUUCGACAACGAAAUUCGAGUCCUCAAAGAAGAGUUGCAGAGAACGAAUCUGGAGUUAGAAUCUGUGAAGGAGAAGAUUAAAGAGAACCAGGAGAAGAUCAAACUCAACAAACAGCUCCCCUACCUAGUCGGUAACAUUGUUGAGAUUUUGGAGAUGAACCCAGAAGAUGAGGUUGAAGAGGAUGGUGCAAAUGUUGAUCUGGACUCACAAAGGAAGGGGAAAUGUGUUGUGCUAAAGACAUCUACCCGUCAGACAAUCUUUCUGCCAGUUGUUGGACUUGUUGAUCCGGAUAAGCUUAAACCUGGCGAUUUAGUUGGUGUUAAUAAAGACAGCUACUUGAUUUUAGAUACUCUUCCUUCUGAAUAUGAUUCACGUGUAAAGGCAAUGGAGGUUGAUGAAAAACCAACUGAAGAUUAUAAUGAUAUUGGUGGCCUUGAAAAGCAGAUACAAGAACUUGUUGAGGCCAUUGUUUUACCCAUGACCCACAAAGAGAGGUUUCAGAAAUUAGGAAUUCGUCCUCCAAAAGGAGUGCUUUUGUAUGGGCCUCCUGGAACAGGAAAAACAUUAAUGGCUCGUGCAUGUGCAGCACAGACAAAUGCUACAUUUUUGUAGUUAGCUGGUCCACAGUUAGUUCAGAUGUUCAUUGGAGAUGGAGCCAAACUUGUUCGUGAUGCUUUUCAACUUGCAAAGGAGAAAUCACCUUGCAUUAUAUUUAUAGAUGAGAUUGAUGCCAUUGGAACUAAGCGGUUUGAUAGUGAAGUAAGCGGGGAUAGGGAGGUGCAACGAACAAUGUUGGAGUUACUUAACCAGCUUGAUGGUUUUAGCAGUGAUGACAGGAUAAAGGUCAUAGCAGCAACCAAUAGAGCUGAUAUUCUGGAUCCUGCUCUUAUGCGUUCUGGUCGACUAGAUCGCAAAAUUGAGUUCCCUCAUCCAACCGAAGAAGCAAGAGCCAGAAUACUGCAGAUCCAUUCAAGAAAAAUGAAUGUGCGUCCUGAUGUGAAUUUUGAAGAGCUUGCUCGUUCAACAGAUGACUUCAACGGGGCACAACUAAAAGCCGUGUGUGUAGAAGCUGGCAUGCUAGCCCUUCGCCGUGAUGCAACUGAGGUAACCCAUGAAGAUUUCAAUGAAGGAAUUAUUCAGGUCCAAGCUAAGAAGAAAUCAAGCUUAAAUUAUUAUGCUUAGUUCCAUACUAUUCCUUGUGGGUUCUAUCCUGUGAAAAUUCAAGCGACUUAUUUGCUAUCUUUCCAACAAAGAGCUGCAAUGGAGAACUGAGCCACUAUAGAGAUGAUGUUGCCUUGCAUGAAUCUGCUAAAGAAUGGUUUUAUCCAAGCCUCCUGUUCACUUUGACUUUGAGAGACUGGUCUCGUCUUGGGAGUUGGGAGAUACUCUGCAGCAACAAAAUCAGCUAAUAUUUCCUUGAAAGUUGAAACGUUUCAGGAGACUUUGCAAUUCAUAGAGAUAUAUUGGUAACAGCAGUUCCAUAGAGUUAUGCCUAUUUUGGUGCAGACAGCCUUCAAACAGGCAUCAACUUGACCUAUCUACAUACAGCAAAAAACAUUUGCAGAACUAUGCCAAAGUGCCAAACAACUGAACAAAACCUAGAAAUAUAAUGCACUUUUAUUGUCUUAGCUAGAUGGUUGUCUGGUUUUAAUCUAAUAGCUGAAUAGUCACAUUUUAAUGUUUUAUAAUUCUAACUACUACCGAGGUGAAAUAUAGCCUUAAUCUUAUGGUCGACUUUCCAUCA